AUGGGAUUAGUGUUGGAACAAACCUUUGUUCUAAGCCAGAAAUCAGACCAACAACCAGCUGCAUUUGCUGGAAGUUCGUCUGGUCCACCCUCUCGAGGAAUGCGCACUCAGCUGUUUGGUCGAACCAGUCCCACAAAGGCACGCUACGGGGAACCAACAACCAAGCUCGUGGUUGAUCAGAUGGCUGCAGCCAGUGAUGAAGAACCUCCAUACGCUUCGCACGUUCCCUACCAAAUUCAUUCUCACCAACGACACCAAAGUCUGUUUCAACAUAAGCGUCAACAGCAUCAACGAAUGCUGGCCGAUGGGGCCUCUCCCGGUCCAGGUGACGGAAGAUUUUUAAAUAAGUCAGUACCAGCAGUGACUACAGUAGUAAACGUUCCUGUUGUUCAACAGCAAAAGAGAGACUCCAGAGUUGAUAAGUCGCCUCGCAUCAAUGAUGAACCAAUUGGAACUGAAUGGGCGGACAGAGCCUCCGAUACUGAAACUGUUCAUAAUUAUCAUUCUUCUAGGCCAGAAAUAUACCAAACAGAUCCUGUUCUUGGCCCUCUUCUCGGAACUACUAAGGGAGGUUCUGGGACAGCUGGAAGUGGCGGCGGAGGUUUCACUGGGGGUUGGAUUACGCAAGUAGAUGCAGCACAAGAUGAACGGCCUGGAAUGAAGCGUCUUACAAAAUCAGGACAAAUGGUAUACGCUGGGGAACCAGAGACGAUCUGUGGACUAGCAAGCAGUGAGGCUGAUGAAGAGUAUACACUUGCGGUAAUUUCGGAACCGGAGGAUACAUUAACGGAGCAAGUAGACUACUGCUGUCUCUGCGCAAGGCCCACAGAGAGUCGGUGUCCUGUUUAA